AUGCCACAAAACGAACAUCACGAUAUCGUCGACAGUAGACACGUGACAAAGAUUGAACUGGAGCUGGAAGAGGCUCCGGAUGAUUCGGUCCCCGUCGGAUCAAUUGCGACGGAAUUGGAUGUCACCACCGAAAUCAAUUCCACGUAUCCGGACGGUCCAGGAGCAGUCGUAGUCAGAGCCGAGGAGGCUUUGAUAGUAAUCCUGGUGCUUUUCCUGUGGGCGGCAGCGAUCGCCCUGUUCUUCAAUCGAUGGGGGAAGAUCAGGAUGUUGGAACCAUAUCAACCCAAAUUCCAGCAGCAACACAGACCGAGCUGUACCAUCAUCGAUCAAAAUCAACUACAAAACCGUCGCACCUACUCAAAAUGCAACGUGCUCUGCGGCGACUACCCCGUGCGGCUAGAGCUGAACUCAGGUCAGACGCGUCCUCGUCAAAACAGCGUGUUCAUCGGUUCCAGCUCGUCCUUGCUUCCUGGGAGCCAAGGAACCCCUCGCCGCACCAAGAGCGCGUUCGACCUGCAAUUCCUUGUGUUCUCCGAAAACAGCGAACUUCCAAGCGAAGAUGCCUCGAAGAAGGCGAGCGAAGCCACAAAGCUCCUGCAGCGAGAACGAAAGACCAGCAUUUGUCAGUUCGACAGAAACGAGGGGUUGAAACCGUUCCGGGACAGGGGAAUGAGUAUCUGCCAGUUCGACGCCUCCGCGAAGUUAUGGCAACGGGAUCGGGGCAUGAGCAUCUGCCAAUUCGACAGAAUGGACGUCCUGGCGCGGCCAUUGCAGAGAGAUCGCGGCGGCAGCAUCUGCCAGUUCGAUAGAAUGGACGUUCUAGCGAGGCCGCUGCAGAGAGACCGGAUCGGAAGUGCAUAUCACUUCGACAGAACGGAGGUGCUGGCGAAACCUAACCUCGGGAAGCCGGUGAAGGAGAGACGCGUGAGCGUGUGCAACUUCCUGGAAAAGGACGAGGAAAUUGCGCGGGCUGCUCAAAAAGAGAGACGUUCGAGUAUUAACAUUGAGAACACUCGCAAGGAAAAUGUGACUGUGGAAGAGAAACGAGAGAUAUUCGCUAAGUGCACGCCUAGGGAGAAGAAGAUCGUAUAUCAACACGAUCAGCCAUCUUGUAGCAAAACGGCGGAUGUCGUCUUUGGUUAUAAGGCUACGUGCGUGUAGCGAUGGUAAAUUCUGAUUUUAUCGUGAGGGAACAAUAAUUUAAUUGCGGAUUUUGUAUGUUUUGUUUUUGGUGUUGGGAAAUGUACAUCGGUGGGCAGUGUAGGCUUUUCUGGGGGAAAUUGGGGGAGGAGGGUUCGGUUGG